UUCUACAUAAAUUUUAGAAUCAGUUCGUCUCUAUCUACAAAAAAGAAAAAUUCUGCUGUAAUUGUAAUGAUAAAGCUGUGGAUCAGUUUGAGGAGAACUGACAUCUUUACUGUGUUGAGUCUUCCAAUCCACUAACAUAAUAUGUCUCUCCAUUUAGGACAUAUCUGAUUCAUUUGCAUCCUUGAAGAGCAUCUCUAGAAGAGGAAGGAAAAGAUGGGUGUGAAAACAUUUACUCAUAGCUCCUCUUCCCACAGCCAGGAAAUGCUUGGGAAGCUAAAUAUGCUGCGAAAUGAUGGACAUUUUUGUGAUAUCACUAUUCGUGUCCAGGACAAAAUCUUCCGGGCACAUAAGGUGGUACUAGCAGCUUGCAGUGAUUUCUUUCGCACCAAACUUGUGAGCCAAGCAGAGGAUGAGAACAAGAAUGUGUUGGAUUUGCAUCAUGUUACAGUGACUGGCUUUAUACCCCUUUUGGAAUAUGCUUACACAGCCACUCUGUCAAUUAACACAGAAAAUAUUAUUGAUGUUCUGGCUGCAGCCAGCUAUAUGCAAAUGUUUAGUGUUGCUAGCACCUGCUCAGAGUUCAUGAAAUCAAGCAUUUUAUGGAAUACACCCAACAGCCAACCGGAAAAGGGUCUAGAUGCUGGACAAGAAAAUAACUCUAACUGCAAUUUUACUUCUCGAGAUGGAAGCAUUUCCCCAGUGUCUUCAGAGUGCAGUGUGGUUGAAAGAACCACUCCUGUCUGCCGAGAAUCCCGGAGAAAGCGCAAAAGCUACAUUGUUAUGUCUCCUGAAAGUCCUGUAAAGUGUGGCACACAAACAAGUUCUCCCCAGGUAUUGAAUUCUUCAGCUUCCUACUCAGAAAAUAGAAGUCAACCAGUUGACUCUUCUUUAGCUUUUCCUUGGACUUUUCCUUUUGGAAUUGAUCGAAGGAUUCAGCCUGAUAAGGUUAAGCAGGCAGAAAAUACCCGGACUUUAGAAUUACCUGGCCCAUCUGAGACAGGUAGAAGAAUGGCUGAUUAUGUGACUUGUGAGAGCACAAAAGCUACCUUGCCUCUGGGUACUGAAGAAGAUGUCCGGGUCAAAGUAGAAAGGCUAAGUGAUGAGGAGGUCCAUGAGGAAGUGUCCCAGCCUGUCAGUGCUUCUCAGAGUUCACUGAGUGAUCAGCAGACAGUGCCAGGAAGUGAACAAGUCCAAGAGGACCUUCUGAUUAGUCCACAGUCUUCCUCCAUAGGCUCAGUAGAUGAAGGCGUCACCGAAGGGUUACCUACACUUCAAAGCACUUCUAGCACUAAUGCUCAUGCAGAAGAUGAUGAUCGAUUGGAAAAUGUUCAGUAUCCCUAUCAACUCUACAUUGCUCCCUCUACCAGCAGUACAGAACGACCAAGUCCAAAUGGUCCAGAUAGACCUUUUCAGUGUCCAACUUGUGGGGUGCGAUUCACCCGUAUUCAGAACCUGAAACAGCACAUGCUCAUCCACUCAGGAAUUAAACCAUUUCAGUGUGACCGCUGUGGGAAAAAGUUCACCAGGGCUUACUCGCUAAAGAUGCAUCGCCUAAAGCAUGAAGGUAAACGCUGUUUCCGGUGCCAGAUAUGUAGUGCCACUUUCACUUCCUUCGGGGAAUAUAAACACCACAUGAGGGUUUCCCGGCACAUUAUCCGCAAGCCUCGGAUUUACGAGUGCAAAACAUGUGGCGCCAUGUUCACCAACUCUGGGAAUUUAAUCGUGCACCUGAGGAGUCUGAACCAUGAAGCGUCAGAGCUAGCAAACUACUUCCAGAGCAGUGAUUUCCUAGUACCGGACUACUUAAACCAGGAGCAGGAAGAGACCCUUGUUCAGUAUGAUCUUGGAGAACACAGUUUUGAAAGCAACUCCUCUGUUCAAAUGCCUGUAAUUUCACAGGUCUCCUCGACCCAGAAUUGCGAAAGCACCUUUCCCUUGGGGGCUCUUGGUGGGCUGGCAGGAAAAGAGGAAGAAAUGCCAGAGCAGCCAAAGACCAGUGCUUGUGCUGAGCCAGCCAGAGAUGACCCCCCAAAAUCAGAGCUGUCUUCUAUAACUAUUGAGUAAUUUCAUGGUUGGGCUUCAUUUUUGGUUUUUGGAAAGUGCCUGUGCUUGGUCUUGUACAUUUAAAUUUAAUUUAAUUUUUUAAACAAAAAAGGGUUUGGGAAAGAAUUUCUCUUUUUACUUUGUAAGCCCUGCAACUGAUGUUUUAUUUUUUUCAUGACUCAGAGAUUGCUUUUGUAAGUACACAAUAAUGUGAUGUUGAAAUACAGUAGAAACUAUGAGACUUAAAGAGAACCAGUUGACUUAAAACAUCUAUCACUUUCUUCUUCCACUGUUGAAAAUAGGCUAACAGCAGAUCAUUAGUUACAGAAGAAAUCAGAUGAUUAUUGACCUUCCUGAGAUGAAGGGGUACAACAGAAACAAAUUACUAAACAAUGACAACUGGCCUGAACAGAUGUUUACUCCUAUACACAGGACAGUGUACACUAUUUUGUAAAGCCUGUUGUUUUUGCAAGUAUUUAUGGUAAGCUUUCUUAAAAUUUAUUGGGUGAAUACUUCUGAAAUCCAACAUACUCUUUUUUUAUUUUUUAUGCUUUGUCAUUUCUAUUAUGAUUUUUCAUGGUGAAAAUUUGCAUAGGCUUUCCCUGUACCUUUAUAAUACUGCUCCUCCGAAUAAUCUUUCUGUCUUCUAUGAUAGAAGACAAAGAACCAUGACUGAGAAUAGUCAAGCUGUGUAUGAAAUGACCAGGAAUGGAGAAUGUAGUAUGUAAAUCCCAGCUUCAUAGGAACUCUUUAAUAUACUGCUUUUCUGAGUAAAAUUGUUUACCUGGUCUUUGAAUAUUAAUGCUUGGCUAAUUAGGUCAUUGUGUACAUCAGUUUUCCUCUUGCCCCAUCAGCAGUCUUUCUCUUGAACAUACUGGAGUGAUGCCGUACAAAGGAAAAAUAUUGGAGAUAUUAUAUAUUUUAUAUAUAGGUUUAUGUAUUGUUCGGGAUAUUUUUAUUGUACUGUUUUGGAGAAAAUAAAGAAUUCUCUGUUAAGGCUACAUUCUUAACCCAGCUAAAAUUGUUUACAAAAUUCCAUACAACAGUGAGACAUUGUCCUUGUUCUGAAAUAUUUUUAGACAUUGCCAAGUUAGUAUAGUUUUUACACAAUGUAAGCAAUAAUGUAAAAGAUAAGAAGAGGCUAUAAAAUGAUGACUUGUGACUCAUAAAUUUGUUUGGGAAAAAAAUUAAGGCCAAAAACCUUAAAUUAAUGAAUAUCACCUCUUUUGCUGCUAAAAAAAUGAAACUUCCUGGUUUAUAUAUAAGUUGGAAUUUAUAUGAUACUCUAGACUGGAGUAUCCUUUUCAUUUGCUACCAUUAAAGCAUCACUGACCUUGAUCUUAAAUAUUCAUGAGUCCAUGAACAAUGAACUUUUGAGUAACUUUUUUUCUAUGUAUAUGCCCAAAGUUUAAUAAUUAUAAAAGCACCUGAUUAGAUUAGAAAAAAGAAGCAAAGUGUGAUUUCUUAUUCAAAACACAAGAUCUGAAUUUUGUCUGAGUGCUAGAUCUUAAUAAAAAAAAAUAUAUUUUUAAGUUAUAGUGAUUUAAUUGUUUCAUUUUUUUUAAUUGGCUAAUUCUGUAGUUGAUUUCUCCCCAUGAAUGUAAAGGAAGGGAAAGUAAACUCACUGAAGAUUUUUUUAAGUUAAAGUUCUUUCUGUCUCUUUCCAUAUUCUAUCUUUAACUUGUUUCCAUCUCUUCUCUCAGUUGUGAACCUGUUUUUCCCCCUUGGCUCUCAAACAUAGGUGUCUCACCUUCAUAAAGAUCAAGAUACCCAGGUUAAUGAUGGGUUUCCAUCAUUUAUGCUUCCUUACUCAUAGGGUUGAAUUAGUUUCUGCAGCAGACUGUGAUACUUAGUACUGCUGUGUCUCAACUGGAAAGGUCAGAAAUUUUUAUUUUUGAUGUCAUAUAUAUUCUUUGAAAACUGUUAUGCCUACCAGUAGGAAAAUCUCAAAGUUAGUGUUAAAAUCUUAAUAUGGGCAAGACAAAGAAUAGGUAAAAUUACGACCAGGAAUCAAUUGUUGCCUUCAGUUCUAAGAGUUAUUUUUUUUAAAAGUGAGUAAGUAAGAAAAAAAAAGAAGGAAAGAAAUAGGCAUAAAGAAAAGAAAUGUGUGUGAAUCGUUUGGGGAUUUGUUGGUUGAAAAUGUUGUGGCAUAUCCCCUAUCCUGAGAACACUACGUGAAGAGAGCCUGUACAGUUUUGACAGCUCUGAGGUAUUCUGUGUUCUCAGAGUGUAGGAUUACCACCACUGGCCAUUGUUUCCCAAAUGGAAACUUUAGAUUUUCAUUGGUAAUUACAAAUUGCACAGAUUUCCAAGUUUUAUGAAAAAUUUGAAUGUACUGUGAAAAUGCAUACUUGGUUAGUUGUCUAUUCCCCAAAUUUUAUCAAUACAGGUAACUAGUAUUUGACAUAAAGUGAUAUAAACAAG